CAAAACUCUCCGAAGCACCUAUAUUCCUCGUUUUGGGCGCCUAGCGCUGCAGCAUUGUUUAUCUGCUUCGGAAAUCAGGAUUUUCCUCACAAUCGGUUGAGAAAACAAAAAAUUUAUUGUGCUGCUGGCUCAGUGUGGCCGUUGCUUUCGUAAAUGGCACGUAGCGAAAAAUACUAAAGCUUACUUAGUUCUUGACAGUAUAGCCUGUUUCCACUGGCACGGCUUUGCAAGAUAAUGUGCAAUAAGAAGUCGUUAUAAUUUAAUUUAUAUCUCGUUAUUUAUUACAGUCCACAUAUAUAUAAUUAAUAAGUAUCGAGACAGCUUUUUGUGUGGAUAAUUUAAAAACAAAACGGUCCAUUAUUCAAAAAUUAAAAAAAAAUGUUCACACCCUGGUUUUUAGCCAGAAAUUUGAGUCUGCCGGCGUUGCCACACGUUCAAUGGGCAAUUUCAGUAUAUUUCUCCCAGCAUGGUCACCCUGAAAUAAAAUUCAAAACAAGCUCCUGGCGUCGUUUGUCUGGUUUUCGUGAAUUUCGUGAAUGGAAUAGGAUAACCGAAUAACCGAGAGCAUGGCGACCAAAGUGGAGAUGCAGUACAAGCUGCUCAACGCCGAGCUGAUGGAGCAGGUGCAGAAGCAGCGCCUGGAGAUCGGCGAGUACAGGAAGCGGGUGAUCACGCUGGAGCGCGAGAACAUGGAUCUGCGGGAGGAGCACAUUCUGGACAAGGAUCGCCAGCGGCUGGAGAACAUUGACAUCUUGAGGAGCCUCAUGCAGCGUCUGAAUGUGAACUCGGACUCCCUGGAGUCCAGCGGGAGCCAGGAACCCACGCCCGUGGUCAGCAGACCAAAUCCAACGCGUCGCAGCUCCAGGGAGAUCUGCAGGGACAUUCGAAGGACCUGCGCCCUGGCUCGCACCACUAGAACCAUCUCGCCCAGGAGAUCCACCAGUACUAUCAGUACAUCCUCAACCAGUCGUCGUUCCAGCGCAGAGACAAUCUCCGAAGUGGAGGCCACUUUGGUGCCGGAAAAAAGGGUGCCCCUGAAGCACACACCUCCUCCUCGAAGACUUGGUGAAUUGCUCUUCGAUGAGGAUGACUCUGAGGAAGAUUCAGUAGCUAGUCCUGUCCAUAGGCAGGGGGAGAGCAACAACAACGAGGAGGAGAAGGAACAGGAGGCACAGACUGACCAAAACCAGGAGAACAAUCACCUCUUCAGCAUCAUCGAGGAGAACGACAGCGAGACGGAGGCCACGGACGUAGAGUCAUCCUCCUGCGAGGCCAUCUACUGUGACACCACCAUCGACAGCAGUCCCACGAAUGCUCCAGCUACCGAAACUCUUGGUGGACGGGCUCUCCGCGAAGUGGACAUCAAUGUUCCAGAGGCUGUGUCGUUAAGUAGAGGCAAGGAUGCGGUGAAAUCCAGACAGACUGAAGAGGAUUCGGUACAGGAGCCAAGUAUUCAGCUUCCCAGACGGGGAAAACACUCCUCUUUCUCGAUUCCCGGAGCUCAAGAGGAUUCGGUUCAGGAGCCGAGUGUUCAACGCCCUAAAAGGCCUGUCGGUAGACCCAAAAAGACUCCUGUUCGCAGCGCUGAAGAGGAUUCAAGUGCCCAUCAUCCCAGUCACUCUUCUAUUCCCGGCGCAGAAGAGGAGCCGAGUAGCCAUCGCCCCAGACGCGCUGUCGGCAGACCCAAGAACUCCUCGAUUCGCCAACCUGAAGAGGAUUCCCUGCAGGAGUCCAGCAUACAGUGUGCCAGACUGGCAGUCACCAGACCCAGUCACUCGUCUGGAAUCUUUCCCGAUGUCAAUGGCUCCACGCCGCGGAGAAGCCUCUUCAAUGGCAUUGGCCAGGUGGCCGGAAGUACCAGCACUCCCAUACCAAAUGGGCACAAAAGUUCAGCAGCAGCAGAGAAAAAACGAAAGAAAUCGGAACAAACGGAGAUGUCUAGUUCUUUUUUCAGCUCCAGCGGAAGACCAAGUCGAAGCUGCAGGCCCACAAGUUUGGUGGAGCGUAAUCUUAGGGACAAGAUGCGCAACGAAUCGAAAGGCAAGGCCAGGAAGUAGCCAUCAUGGAUCAUCCCCUUUUUUUGUUAUUAGUAAUUUCAAACCAUAUAUUCACAUAUUAAUUUAAUAUUCGCUGAAACAUUUUAUUUAUAACAGCUUGUAAAACGGAAGAUUCACCAUCAUCCAAAGAUGCCAAUAGGACUUUUUUAUAUGUGUACUUCUUAAUUUUACCCUUAAGAAUAUGUUUUAUUUGUGAAUAAAAGACAACGUUCAAGUUGGA